AUCCGAUGGUUAAAAUAACUGAGUGGAUCUCUAAAAUCUUAAAAAAUAAUAAUAAAAAACGGAAGCCUAAAAACCAAGUUAUAUAUACGUGUUGAUCGAGUUUUAUUUUUCUAAGUUGAAGUUAAACUAAAGCAUUUUUUCCUCUUCAUAUUUUGGUGAAAAAAUGUUGUUAGUACUAGUUCUUAUUUUGUGCAUAAUCUUUUCAUUACCUUUGUUCUUCCUGAAAAGGAGAACCACUACUAAUGCACCUUAUCCACCUGGUCCUAGAGGAUUACCCAUAAUAGGGAAUCUUCAUCAACUAGACAGUCCUAUUCUUUAUCUUCAAUUUUCAAAACUCUCAAAAAUAUAUGGACCAUUAUUUUCAGUUAAACUUGGUUUAAGACCAGCUAUUGUUGUUUCUUCAGCUAAAAUUGCCAAAGAAAUAUUUAAAAACAAUGAUCAUGUGUUUUCUAAUAGACCAAUCUUAUAUGGCCAACAAAAAUUAUCUUAUAAUGGGUUAGAUAUUGCAUUUGCUCAAUAUAGUGAUUUUUGGAGAGACAUAAGAAAAAUUUGUGUUAUUAAUAUAUUUACUACAAAGCGUGUGUCAUCUUAUUCAUCAAUAAGAAAGUAUGAGAUGAAACAAAUGAUCAAAAAAAUUUCUAAUCAUGCUUCUUCUUCGGCUGUUACAAAUUUGAGUGAAUUAUUAACUUCUCUCUCAAGUACAAUAAUUUGUAGGAUUGCUUUUGGGAGGAGGUACGAAGAUGAAGCACUAGAGAAGAGUAAAUUCCAGGGAAUGAUGCAUGAUUUGGAAGCCAUGUUGACGGCUUUCUUUGUUUCUGAUUAUAUUCCAUUCAUGGGAUGGAUCGAUAAACUGUCGGGACUUCGUACACGUCUCGAUCGAAUUUUCAAGGAGAUGGAUGAGUUUUACCAAGAUAUUAUUGAUGAACAUUUGGAUCCAAAUAGAAAACAAUCAAAUGAAGAAGUUAUUGUUGAUGUCUUGCUCCAACUGAAGAAACAACAAUUGUUUUCAAUUGAUCUCACUUUUGAUCACAUCAAAGGAGUCCUCAUGAACAUGAUUUUAGCGGGAACAGAUACCACAUCAGCGACAACAGUUUGGGCUAUGACUGCCCUAAUAAAAAAUCCAAGAGUAAUGAAGAAAGUACAAGAAGAAAUUAGGAGCAUGGGAGUUAAAAAAGACUUUUUAGAUGAAGAUGAUAUUCAAAAUUUUCCUUAUUUGAAGGCAGUAAUUAAAGAGACACUAAGAUUGUACCUACCAGGCCCACUGCUUGUGCCGAGAGAAUCAAGAGAAAAGUGCAACAUAGGUGGUUAUCAAAUUCCAGCAAAGACGAUAUUGUAUGUGAAUGCUUGGGCUAUUCAAAGAGACCCUGAUAUUUGGAAAAAUCCAGAAGAAUUUUAUCCUGAAAGAUUCUUAGAAAGCUCUAUAAAUUUUAACGGACAAGAUUUUGAACUAAUUCCUUUUGGAUCUGGCCGUAGAAUCUGUCCGGGCAUAUCCAUGGCAAUUGCAUUGGUGCAAAUUAUCCUUGCUAAUAUCCUCUAUUCCUUUGAUUGGGAAUUGCCACAUGGUGUGGUGAAAGAAGAUAUUGAUGAUGAAAGGGGCCUUGGACUCACUCAAUAUAAAAAGAAUCAUCUUUGUCUUGUUGCCAAGAUACCUAUGUAAAUGCAGAGAAACACUUGGAUAGGCACAAAUUAAACCUAAAUGAAAAUAUUUGGGCACACACUCAUAGAUGAAAUGAAUUUAAAAGAAAAAUAAAUUAGUCACAUCACUCAAUUAGUUUAUCUUUAAAUUUUUUUAGUUAUGUGAGUGUGUCUAAAUAUUCAUCAUUUAUACUCGUGUCUAUCUAAAUAUUCCUCGUAGAUGCAAUUUAUUGUACCUUUAUUUUUAUAUUUUUAUAUGCAUUUGUACUUUGUUGGA